GCAAUGUUAAAACACAUUCAUACAGACAGUGGCGAGCCGACACUCCCCUUUAACAUCAGCAGCAACACUCUAACAGACUGACCAGCUCCCGUUCAGCCGCCAGAAGCAGAGCUCCCGCUGCGUGGAUGCGUGGAAGACCCCCUGGUCUGGUUGGAAGGGGGAGAAGUUUCCCCAAAGACGAGUCUGGAUCCAGCUGAGAGACGAUGCCUUCUUCCUUUAGACGGGUCUCACAGGUGGCUCUGUGGAUUUGCUGAUUUUUAUUUUAUUUUUUAAAAUUUCUUAUUUUUCCAAGUUAUUCAGCGGGGACAGGGAGAGAUUCUGAGUUAGAGGAUGCUCCCACAAGUCAUUCGGAUUUUGUAUGUCUUGUCUUUUUGCGUCUUCCAAGGAGGCUUCAUCAGAUUGAGCUCCUGUAAGGAGGAGACAAAGCCCCCCGGCCGGGCCGAACCACAGCUUUCACCUUCUGACUUCCUGGACAAGCUCAUGGGGAGAACGUCAGGAUACGAUGCACGCAUCAGACCCAACUUCAAAGGCCCUCCUGUGAAUGUCACCUGUAAUAUUUUUAUCAACAGCUUUGGGUCUAUUACAGAAACUACCAUGGACUACAGACUCAACGUGUUUCUACGGCAAAAUUGGAACGACCCUCGGUUGGCGUACAGCGAAUACCCAGACAACUCCCUGGACCUGGAUCCUUCCAUGCUGGACUCGAUCUGGAAACCUGAUCUGUUCUUCGCAAAUGAGAAGGGAGCCAAUUUCCAUGAGGUCACGACCGAUAAUAAGCUGCUGCGGAUUUUCCACGAUGGCAGCGUUCUUUACAGCAUCAGGUUGACUCUAAUCCUGUCCUGCCCUAUGGACUUGAAAAAUUUCCCAAUGGACAUUCAGACCUGCACCAUGCAGCUUGAAAGCUUCGGUUACACCAUGAAUGACCUGAUCUUUGAGUGGCUGUCUGACAACCCUGUUCAAGUGGCUGAUGAUCUCACACUCCCACAGUUUGUGCUGAAAGAAGAAAAGGACUUAGGUUACUGCACUAAGCACUACAACACAGGUAAAUUCACCUGCAUUGAGGUGAAGUUCCACCUAGAACGGCAGAUGGGUUACUAUUUGAUCCAGAUGUACAUCCCUUCGCUCCUCAUCGUUAUUCUGUCCUGGGUGUCCUUUUGGAUAAACAUGGACGCUGCGCCGGCCAGAGUUGGUCUGGGUAUCACCACAGUGCUGACGAUGACCACUCAGAGCUCUGGUUCUAGAGCUUCUCUGCCGAAGGUGUCCUAUGUGAAGGCCAUUGACAUAUGGAUGGCAGUGUGCCUUCUGUUUGUGUUCGCCGCCUUGCUGGAGUAUGCAGCCGUCAACUUUGUCUCGAGGCAACACAAGGAGUUCAUCAGGCUGAGGAAAAAGCAACGGCAGCAGAGAAUAGAGGAGGAACUCAUGCGGGAGAGCCGAGGAUUUUACUUCCGUGGUUAUGGACUCGGUCACUACCUGCAAGCCAAAGACGGGACCGCCGUGGAAGGGCCCACGGUGUUCUCCCGUUUGCCCCCAGUCACUAUAUACGACGGUGAAGUCCUUCACAAGCGUUUCGUUGACCGGGCCAAACGGAUCGACACCAUAUCCAGAGCCGUCUUUCCCUUGAGCUUUCUCAUAUUCAACAUCUUCUACUGGGUCACCUACAAAGUGCUGCGACACGAGGACAUCCAUGCAAACUUGUAAAACGCUUUCUGCUGACAUUAUGUUAAUGUUUUUUUCUCAGAACCAAAACUGCCUGUUUGACCCAUUACAGUGAGUAAAAAAAAAAAAAAAGAAGAAGUAUGAAGAAGCAUCACGGCUUCUCAAAGCCAGAACUAGAAAUGACAAAAACUUUGUGCUCAGGUGCGUCUUCAGGAUCUCAGACGUGAAAAGGAAGGAGUGGCUUCUCGCUGGUGUUACCGGUCACCUUCUCGUACGUGUGUUUGUUCGAGUCGCUUGGAUCAAUCAAAAUGGCGCUAACAGCUGUGGGUUUUAUUUCAAAUGAUGGUUCAAGAUUUUAGAAAAGUUGAUCCUGGCUGAAUGGGAGAUGCUGACUUGAAUUUUGACACUACGCAGCUUUAAAUGAAUGUUUUUGACAAUUAAAAGUUAAAGGAAAAUUUUUUUACAACUUUAGAUUAUCACAUUGGUAUAUGGGUGAUGGGGACUUUGAUAUUUAUGAAUAUUCAGUGAUGAUAAUUCGAUUUUAAGUAUGUGAUCAGUAGAUUAUGUAUGUAUGUAUGUAAAACAGUGUAUUAAAAUGUAUAUAAACAAAGCUGUUCAACUGCUCAAAGCACAAAUAUGUAUUUCCUUUUGUCAAAAUUUAAAUAAAUUGUUAUUCUGCCAGGAAACAAGA